GUUGAGACGCACAGUACAGAAAGUGAAGCUGCCAUCGUGUGAUGUUUUUAAACUGCGGAGCUUCACUGAAAAAUGUGCUGCGAAAUCCACACAUGAUCAUCUGUUUCAUUGCCUACAUGCUGUGGCUUCAUAUUGGUUAGCCGUUUCAACAGAGCAAAAUACUGACGAGUUAUGUAAAUUUCAAGUGAAACAGGAAAAUAUGAAACCUUAUCAUUGACAGGAAUCAGGCAAGGACAAAACAGCUUCACCUUCAACACAUCAGGAAAGAGUCAUCUUAUAGACUUACAAUAUAUACUAAUACACUAAGGUUGAAGUCCAUUUCUCCCAUCUGCAGCAUGACUCUGACAGUGUCCCAUAAAGAGGGAAUGAUGGUCAUCACCAUCACCUCCAACCCAAAGAGCAAAUGGCCCGCGGUGUGUCAGAUUCUGAGCUCUCUGUGCUAUGGUCCUGUAUGUUUCGCAUCUGAGGAUAUGAAAGAGAAGUUGACAGACACCCAGAGAGUUAUUGGGAUUGUACAGAUAGUAGUUGCAGUCAUGAAUCUUGUGUUGGGUUGCUUUGGCAUCAUCUUCUUUAUUACUACCACUUCAGUCAACAGUAUGGUGCUGUCGGUUCUUCAGCUCUUUGUGGUUGUCAUUUUCUGUAUUUUGACCAUAAAAUCUUUGUGCAAGAAUGGUGGGAGUGCAAAGUUGGUGGACAAAACAGCCUCAGUAUCUAGAAGUGGAAUAAGCCAAUAUUCACUUCCGUUUGGUUGCAGCUGUAGCAUGACUCUUGCAUCGUCUCAGGAUAUGAAAGAUAAGCUGACAGACAUUCACACAGCACUUGGGACUGUACAGAUAAUGGUUGGUGUCAUGAAUAUCACAAUGGGUUGUUUUGGCUUCAUCUUUUCUUUUUGGAUCGGUGGUGUGUUCCUUGUUGUUGGUAUUACAUCUGUUCACGCAGUGAAGUUUCCUCGUCCUAAGCUGCUGCUCAUCGCAGUAAUUCUGAAUGUAGUCAGUGCUGCACUUGCUAUCACAGCUGUUGUGCUGCAUUCAAUGGACCUAGCAAUGGGAAGCAGUUCAAGCUGUUACGGAGAACAUGGUUAUUAUUCAUCUUAUAACGACUGGUUUACCCAUAAAAUGAGUAACUUUGAGUCCUGUUUUUACUACAAGAAUCUCAAUCAGAUGAUCCUCGGAGGACUAGAUGUCAUGAUGAUAGUGCUAGCAGUCCUUCAGCUCUGUGUGACCAUCAGUUUCUGUGUUGUGACUGGGAGAGAUUUGUGCAAGAAGGAUGAAGAUGUAAAGUCGGUGGAGGAUCCAGAACUUCACAAGCCGCUCCUGGAAGACGCCACUGCUGGUGGAGAAGCAAAAAUAUAAAGCAACAAAUAUAUACAGUACAUGCAACACUGCUCAAUAUAGUAGCAAGAUGAUUUCCAAUAUUCUUUUAUGUAUAUAACACCCUCAGACUAUCCCAGAUGUAGAUGAGUUGGUAUAUUUACGGGAACAGAUUUUUUAGCAUUGUAAAAAUGCAUCAUUACAUCAUUUACUCACCAAUAGAUCCUCUGAGGUGAAUGGGUGCCGUCAGAAUGAGAAUCCAAACAGCUGAUAAAAACAAUGCAAUAAUCCCCAAGUAAUCCACACCACUCCAGUCCAUCGAUUAAUGUCUUGAGAAGUAAAAAUCUGCAUGUUUGUGAUAAACUAAACCAACAAUAAGACGUUUUAACUUUAAACCAUUGCUUCUGGCCAGAAUACAAGUCAAUUUCCAUCUAAUCUGCUCCCGUGAAGAAACAAACUCAUCUACAAAUUUUCAUUUUUGAGUGAACUAUUCCCUGCAGAAAAGUGCAUCCUAAGAACACUGUUCUACAAUUCAAACCUUAGAUUUAUAUACAUAGAGUUUGAAUGUAGUGAAAAUAUUCCUGUUAUUACUCAUUUUCAAGGAUAUUGAAAGUCUUUUGCUUACAUAAAGAUAUAAAACAUUUCAAAACAACACUGACUUCACUAGUAUUAUCUUUUUGCACUAUUUCACCACCAGGUGGUGUUAAGAUGCUUUAUGCAAACCAUCUGCCUUAAAAGAUACUUAACUUUGCCAAAGCUACCAUACAGAAUUUUGUGUCAUCCAAAGUAGGAAGAAGUUCCACAGUUACCACUCAGAAUUAAAUAUCGAAAUUGAAAAGCUAUUUCACGACAUACAAGAUCUAAUUAUCUACAUAUGUGAUCAUUCUUUCCAUUUCUGUCUAGUUUUCUGUGGAGUUGCCAUGUGUAUAUGUAAGCAUUCUUUGAAGGCUGGGUUUACAUUUAACUACAUUUCCUGUCACUUCUGACACUGACAAGAUUGUUAUAAAAUAUAUUGUAUAAUCACAGCACCUUAUAGCAUUAUAAAAUAAACUGGCAUUUAUUUUGCUAUGUU